GGCUCCUUCAAAUGCGGUCGACGAGUGCAGCCUUCCUGUCCCCAAUUCGGAGGACAUAUCUGAUGUAGUCUUUUUAUUCAGGAUGGAGAGCGCAACAGGUUGCUGGGCAACUGGAGCGGCACAGGAAAAGCUGGUGACGCAAAAGGAAAUCCAAGGAACGUUAUUAGCCAAGGCAGAUGAUGACAUUCCCAGGUCACAAUCCUGACCUGUUCAGGUGGCGGGGGAUCGGCAAGAGUAGAAAACCUGCGGACAAGAUGCAUGUGAAAAAUGCGAUAUGCGAUAUCGACCAGUGGAGAAAGCGGGUGGAGGUGGCCUCCGAGUUUGCCGUUUCAGAAGUCUUCUCCCACAAGAAACCUCGUUCAGGAACCAACUGCCGAGCUGUGCCGCUGCAAAGCUCUGACCAGUUACGAGAUCACGAUGACGCUUACAGUGAAGCUCAGGCUCUUCUUGGCGAUUGGCUGAGCAGUAAGUUGCGGCUGGAGCUGGAGGUGGAGGAGGAAGAUGACCUGAUGUGCUGCGAUGAGAGGAGAAGCCCCACUGGACCUGCUGCUGCUCAGCCCGCCGCCCUCAACUACAGCAACUUUGAUGAUCUGUAUAACUGCCUGGCCGAGGAGGAAGAACAGACUGCCGUUAACAGCUUCCUGCAAGACCUGAUGGAGCAAGAGGUGUUAGACUCCGCGGUGAUGGAGGAACUGGCACUGGACGUUGGACAAAAGAGGAAGACGUUCAGAGAUCCGAUUGUAACCAUGGCAGCGCGACAGCUUCAGGUGCGAGAGAACCGAGCCCGGCGGGAGUCCGAGAGGCAGAGGCAACAAGGGGAGAGGGAGGCUCUGCGGGGUGCCGGAGAGGAGGCAAAGAGGAGGGAGCGAGAGAAGGAGACAAGAAAGAGGCAGCAGGCGCGUAGACAGGAGGAGAUGGUGCAGCAGGAGAUGGUGACACUGCGGCGCGUUAUGGAGGAGAAGAGAGGCCUGGAACGGCUGGUUCGACAGAGGGAAAGCGGGAGAGUGGAAGGUAUAAGGACAGCCAGAAGCCUCCAGUCAGCUCCUUGUCCUCCCUCAAACCAGCAGCCGCAGGAGAGGGAGCGACUUUAUAAGGAACAGAAACUCCAAACCAUGGUUGUCAUGGUAAAUCUCAAGUGUCUGCAGAGGCAUUUCUCUGGAUGGUAUUCGGUCGUGUUGGACCGGAGGCUGCGUUUAGGGAAGGCCACGGCCCUCUGUGACUGGAAGCGGCAGCUGAGAGCCUGGCGUGCGUGGCGGGCAGCGGUGUGGGCGGAGCAGCGGCGGCGAGAGUUGGUGAGAACAGAAGAGGAUCUACGAGCUGAACACAGACAAUCCAAGCUGGCCGUGGAGAGCGACCGAAGGCGGUUGCUACGCCGAUGUCUGAAUGAGUGGCAGCUGUGGUGUCGGAGGGAGAAAGAACAACGAGCGCUUUUGGCCCAGCAGCAGGAGACCCGUCGCAAGAUGGCCGCCUUGAUCAACGCCGCAUCGAGAGGCAAACUCGUGGCCACUGAACCUCCGAGGAUCCAGGCAAUCAUCCCAUCUGAGGCCUCUGACCCACCAGAGACCCCGGAGAAGGACCACCAGAGGUCAAGCACUUUGGCCCCUAAAGCCUCCGCGGUCGCUCAGCAUAAGAACCCUGAGGGUGCCGAGGCCCCGCCCACUCUGCCGUGGCAGGUGACCAGACGCCACGCGGCGCCGACCGCUGCAGCGCUCCACGGGGCACAGCAGAGAGGCGUCCAGCAGCAGAUCAUCACGCAGCAGAGGAAGCUGUUGAAGGAUCAGCAAGAGCAGAUCGCCCAGCUGAGGAGGGAGCAGAGCGCGAUGGGUUUGGAGCUGGAAAUGGAGAAAACCACACAGCUCGCUCAGCGGUCAGCGAGAAGAGGAGCGAGAGCAAAGAGCUGCGACUUUGAUCCCAGAGAGCCGAGGGCAUCAAGAGUUACUGGGGAACCCGACAGUCUCCAUCCACCGCCGAGGAAAGCUGCCACGCGGCAGACGUGCUCCCAUCCAGUCAUCACGGCCAUGGAGGUCCGUGCACGGCAACGUGCAGAACGGAGGAAGGAAAUCGAGGAACUCAAGAGAAAAAAGGAUGAGGAAAAACUGGCUCAGAUGAAAGCUGCCGAGGAGCAGAGGCAGCAGGAGGAGGAGGAGGAGAAACGCAAAGCAGCUGUAAAGAAAAGAGAGGAGAAAAGGCAGGAAAGAGAGAGGGAAGAGGAGAAACAGAGGCAACGGCAGAGGCAACAGGACCUCCUGAAGCUGGCCCGUCAACAUUACGACAGAAAGUUGCUGCUGCGGCGAGGCCUGGCGCCAUGGAAACGAAUCAUUCAGAUCAGACAAGCCAACGCACAGCUGGCCGAGAGUCAUCACAAUCUCCUGCUCCUGAGGCGGUGCACGCUGGGCUGGCAGCAAUCAGCCAGAGAGACGCAGGCUGAGAAAGAAGCUUCUGUUGACCAAGUGUACCGGCGCUUCUUGCUUCGGAGGAGCUUAAGCUGCUGGAAAAGACUGAAUGACUGGCGGAUGAUUCAAGAGGAGAGAGCCGUGCGUUUCCAUCGCACGCGCACUCUCAGGAGGUUUCUGCUGGCACUGCUGGACCAUGUGACCCGGGAGAGGCUUGUGCAGUGGGACCGUCAGGAGCUGGCUCAGGAGCACAAUAACAGACGGUUGCUGUGGCGAUGUUUGCAGGCCUGGAGGCAGCUUCCCUGCCUGAUGCGCAAGGAAAGAGUGAGAGACGAGCGGCGGGAGAAGCUGGGAAGGAGAGUGACUGAAGUUCUGCCGGAUUUCUGCUCCUAUCCACCGUAAAGCCUCUGGGAGAAACGCACUCCCCACACAUACAUACAUCCCAACAGCUCUGGAGCGCACACACACAUACAAACACUAAAUGAAUACACUGGCACGAUUCUCAAUCAUUUAAUACAAAUAAAUAAUUUCAUACAAACACAACUAGACCAUUACAACUUUUAGGAUUCAGUCCUUUAAUGUCCCGGAGUGCGAACUUCUCAAGGUGACGUUAAUGUGAACUGGUGUGUUUGCUUAUAAAUAAUUCAGGAUUUCCGUUUAAACCAGAUAAGAGAAUAAAAGUAACUUAAUAUA